AUGGUCAAUUACGCGGAUUCACCAUUUGAGAAAAGUUCGAAGAGAAAAGAUGAAAAGAAAUCGGUUGAUUCAUCCAAUCGAAAACUUCAAAAACAUUCAUUGAAUAAUAACCUCGAACUCUCGAUUGGUUCUUCGUCGAUUUUUGAUUUCGAAGCAUUUGAAGAAAGUCAAAAGAGAAAAGACGGAAAGAUCAUGGUUGAGCAUCCUGAAGAAAAUGAUGGAAAAUUUAUGAAACCUACAGAGGCAAAGAAAAAACAAUACGAGCAUAGUUAUUCGACGAUGAACUUUCGUAUUUCUCCACGUAAACUUAGAUUGAUAGCAAAUCAAAUUGCCGGAAAGCCUCUUAAUGAAGCCAUAGAGCAAAUGGAAUUCUCGCAUAAGAGGGCUUCGAAAAAAAUAAUGAAUUCUCUAAUCACCGCCAGGGAUCAUGCAUGGAGGUAUAAAAUGAUGGAUCCUGAAGAAGUUUUUAUUGAGCAAGCAUUUGUAGGCAAAGGUUUUUAUAAGAAGAGACCUAGUUUUAGAGCCCGAGGUAGAUUCAGUAUGUUGAAGAUCAAGAAAGCGCAUAUGAAAUAUAUUCUUAAAGUGAAAAGGUCGGAAGGGAACAAAGGAAUAACUACGAAACGUCAAGUGAAAGCAGACAGAUAUAAACCAAAGAAAAAUCCUUGGGUUCCGCUAGUCGAAAAUAAGCCGAUUUAUAAUCCAUCAAGAUUUUACAAUUGGUAA